CUGUCAACCGCAUUUUUCAAAUCGUCUCGACAGUUUUGACGGAGUUAAUAGCGCUUGACGAUUUCAUUAAUUCCGAUGGUGUAAACGACCAAUCUGAUCCUUACAAUUAAUCUAACGUACUUCUAGAAAUUUUGUGUAUGUGCGCUGUAAGAGUCAAACUGAAAUUGAAUCUUGGUGUGAUGUGAAUUUCACUGAUAACUCCUUUGAAUUAGAGAACGAAGCAAAGCGUCGUUUUUCUUUUUUACAGUGCAAUUUUCGGGCAUGAAGGUCUUAGGGAUGCGACAUCAGAUGUGAGGACCCAACUAUAUGUAUAUAGAAAUGGAUGAUCUUGAGCAACAAUGUGAAGAUGUGGUAUUUGAGUUGUGUGACGCUAGAGAGAGAUAUCCAUUGCUGUGUGCAAAGGAGCUUGAGAAGUUCAUCAAGCUCACCAAUGAAAUACAUAUGAUGAAGGUUCUUGUAAAGCCAGUAAAAAUUCUGGAUGUUCCAUCUUUCACAAAUGAGCACUCAGCAAUGCUUAAAAAAAAUUUCUUGGAGACCACUGAAUUAUUGAAGACGCAAGAACAUAAAUUGCAAGUGAUGAUAGAUAAAAUUAAUAACUUGACGAUAAGAGAACAACGAUAUACUGAAUGUAUUAAAGUCUUGUUAAACCUUUUAGAUUCUCAUCCUGAUUCUAGACCUUGUUUAUCCCUUCUGGCCCAUUGUUACUUUUACACACAAGAUUUCAUGGCCGCAGCUGAAUGUUACGAGAAGCUGGUUCAACUGUGUCCACAGGAGAAUCUGUAUAAGCUUUACUAUGCUCAGUCCUUGCAUCAAGCUUGCAUGUAUCCAGAAGCAUGGACUAUUUGUUCGACCAUUAUCAAUCAAAGUAAUUUGGAAUUCAAGGUAAAGAAGCUGCAGGCAGCUAUAAAGUAUGGACAGGAAGACAUGGUAGCUGCAAAAAAUCUCGUGGAUCAAUGUCCUGCCGAUGACGUUGAUACUGAAAUCAAUCUGGGAUGUCUCUUGUAUAAGGAGGAAAAGUACGAACAGGCCCUCAAAAAAUUUUCGAACGCGUUACAAAUUGCAGGAUUUAAGCCUCACUUAUCAUAUAACGUUGCCCUUUGCUACUUCAAACUGAAAGAGUAUGCAGCAUCCCUGAAACAUAUUGCCACUAUUAUCGAGCACGGUAUAAGGGAGCAUCCAGAGUUGAGCGUAGGAAUGGCUACCGAGGGUAUUGAAGUUCGAAGUGUCGGGAAUACGUUGACGCUGCACGAGACAGCUCUGACGGAAGCGUUCAAUCUGAAAGCCGCCAUCGAGUACCAAUUGCAAAAUUAUGACGCGGCGAAGGAAGCGUUAACGGACAUGCCACCGCGUUCCGAGGAGGAGCUCGACGCCGUUACUUUACACAAUCAGGCGUUAAUAAAUAUGGACACAAAACCGAGUGAAGGAUUCGAGAAACUGCAGUUUCUGCUGCAGCAAAACCCGUUUCCACCCGAGACCUUCGCCAACUUGUUACUCCUAUACUGUAAAUAUCAGUAUUAUGAUCUCGCCGCCGAUGUCUUGGCUGAAAAUGUACAUUUGACUUACAAGUAUCUGACGCCAUAUUUAUACGACUUCUUGGACGCGCUAAUAACGCAACAAACUUCGCCGGAGGAGGCAUAUCGCAAAUUCGAUGAUAUCGCUAACAAGCAUACGGAAGCGCUUCGCAAAGCGACCAAGCAGGUCCAGGAGGCGAGGCUGAAUCACGACGAUAAUGCCGUGAAAAAAGCUGUAAACGAUUAUGAGGAAGCCCUCGACAGAUACGUUCCCGUAUUAAUGGCGCAGGCGAAGAUCUACUGGGACCUGGAGAAUUACACCCAAGUGGAGAAGAUCUUUAAGAAGAGCGUCGAGUUCUGCAACGAUAACGACGUGUGGAAGCUGAACGUGGCGCACACGCUCUUUAUGCAGGAGAAUAAAUUUAAGGACUCGACACGCUUCUAUGAACCGAUCGUCAAGAAGAAAUAUGACAGUAUCCUGGACGUGAGCGCUAUAGUCCUUGCGAACCUCUGCGUCAGCUACAUCAUGACCUCGCAAAACGCAGAGGCCGAAGAGCUGAUGAAGAAGAUUGAGAAAGAGGAAGAGGCAGUGUCGUUUGAAGAUCAAGACAAGAAACUCUUUCACUUGUGCAUCGUGAAUCUGGUAAUCGGGACACUGUACUGUUCCAAGGGUAAUUACGAGUUCGGCAUAUCGCGAGUGAUGAAGAGCCUGGAGCCCUACAAUAAAAAACUUGGCACUGACACCUGGUUCUAUGCAAAAAGAUGCUUUUUAUCGCUCCUGGAGCAAUUGGCAAAACAGUUAGUGGUCCUGAAAGAUUCCACAUUACAGGAAUGUAUUCAAUUUUUAGAGCAUUGCGAAGUUUAUGGCAAGGACAUAAUGACGGUGAUCGACCAGCCGUUCGACAUACAGGACAUGCUGAACAUUUCACCUCAGGGCAAACGGACGGUUGUUUACGAGGCGCGAUACCUCAAGGCAUUAUUUUUAAAAUUGCAAAUGUCUUAGAUUUAUAAUUAGAUGCAUAAAGAAAGA